AUGGCUUCCAACGGCCAACCACCGUGCUACAUCCUCGUCUCGCAUCCGACGGCCCCGGCCGCAGGCUCCUCAGCAACAGUCUCCUCGUUCUCGCACCCAGCGAUAGAAUACAACUAUGCGGACGACUCGCCGAUGAUGCUCCUCCCGCGCCACCCGGACGAGCAGGUGCUCAUACUCGACUACGACCCGGCGGACCCCAUCAACCCGGGCGUGAAGAGCAUCUCGUCUUCGCUCGCCGUGACGGGCGUCAAGGUCGCCGAUGCGCCCGGCGCGGGGGAGGCGCAGGAGAACGACAAGAUGUACAUCAUCGAGACGACCCAGGCCGCAGCCGGUGACGACAGUACUGUCUCUCUCUAA